AUGGCUACCGUUAACAUUCGUCGCGAUGUCGAAGACAAGUUCUACAUGCCUGUCCUUGAGACCAAGAUUGAGGGCCGCGGCAACGGCAUCAAGACUGUCGUUCCCAACAUGGAGGACGUCGCUCGCGCCCUGAACCGCCCCCCGAGCUUCCCCACCAAGUUCUUUGGUUCCGAGCUCGGCGCGCAGACCACCAUGGCCAACGAGCGCUACAUUGUCAACGGCGCUCACCAGGCCGAUCGCCUGCGCGAGCUCCUCGACGUCUUCAUCGUCAAGUUUGUCCUGUGCGCCUCGUGCAAGAACCCCGAGACCGAGCUGGUCAUCACCGGCCGCGGCAACAGCGAGAAGAUUCACCGCGACUGCAAGGCCUGCGGUGCCCACACCGACAUUGACAUGCGUCACAAGCUCACCACUUUUAUUCUCAAGAACCCUCCCAAGAAGGAGAAGAAGGGCAAGAAGGGUAUGACCGCCGAGGCCAACGUCGGUGGCCCCAUGGUCCUCCAGGAGAACGCCGUCAACGGCGGCGGCGCCGCUGGCUCGAACGAGGACGACUCGCCUGCUCCUACUCCCUCGCGUUCCAAGAGCACCGACGACUCCCUCACCAAGGGCCUCAAGGACCUCGACGUUGACGACGACGAGGACGACGCCAACUCGCCUUACGGCCAGCUCGGCACGUGGCUCGAGGAGAACCGCUCGGCCUCGGACGCCGACAUCAUUGCCAAGAUCAAGGAGCUCGAGAUUGUCGGCAAGCACAAGGCUCUUAUUGAGAUUGGCCACAAGCUCUUCACCGACAACAUCGCUGCCGAGGUUGGCACCCGCACUGCCCUCCUCCAGGCCCUCGUUACCUCGGAGAAGCACCAAAAGUCGCUCCUCGGCGGCCUCGAGCGUCUCCUCGCUCUCUCUCCCGACUCGGACGAGCUCCUUGCCAAGGGCACUACCUCCAAGGUCCUCAUGGCCCUCUACCAGGAGGACAUUCUCGACGAGGAGGUCCUCACGAACUGGGGCACGCACGUGUCGAAGAAGUAUGUCGACAAGGAGAAGUCGAAGAAGGUCCGCAAGUCGGCCGACGCCUUCCUCAAGUGGCUCGAGGAGGCCGACGACGAGUCGGAGGAGGAGAGCGACGACGAGUAG